AUACAUAUAUAUAAUAAUAAUGGAUCCAAGACUGAUGGAAGUGGCUAAGAAUGGAGAUAUAAAUGCAUUUUACUCAUUACUUGGAGAGGAUCCUUCCAUCCUUGAGUAUGUGGAAAAGAUUUCAUUCAUUAAUACUCCUUUACAUUAUGCUGUGUCAGCUGGUAAUAUUUGUCUUGUGAAGGAAAUUAUAAAUUUGAAGCCUUCUUACACUUUGAAGCUAAACCAAGAUGGAUUUAGCCCUCUACACUUAGCUUCAAAAGAUGGGAAUCUAGAGAUGGUGAAGGUGCUCUUGAAAGAUGAAAGUGGUGAUGAUGGUCUUUGUAACCUGAGAGGCAGAGAGAAGAUGAUUCCUCUUCAUUGUGCAGCUAUUGAAGGACAUAUUAAAGUUUUGGAAGAAUUGCUCUCCAGUUGCCCAAACUCCAUCAAAGCUUUAACUGUUAGAGAGGAGAGUGUGGUUCAUCUGGCAGUGAAAUCCGAUGAGGUCAAAACCUUCAAAGCAUUGUUGAGUUGGGUUCAAAAGCAUUGGCACCACGACAUUCUAAGCUGGAAAGACGAAGAAGGCAACACUGUCUUGCAUCUUGCUACCUCAAAAGGACAAUAUGAGAUAGUAGAGGUAUUGCUACAUAAUAGCCUCCUUGUUAGAAACGUUGUCCGAGUAAAUGAAAGAAACGCGGAUGGGUUGACAGCAAUGGAUCUCCUACUGAAUCUUCCAAGUAGUAGUACUCCAAACAGAGAAAGAAUUAAAACUAUGUUAUCCGAAAAGGGAGCUAAGAAAGCCAAAGACAUUAAUGGAUGCCAAGUAGCAGCAAAGACUACUUCUGUACUGAAAUGGGUGUUUAAUUCAUCAAGAAUUAAAAGUGUGUCAAGGUAUUUCAAAAUGAAGGUGGAGAAGGAUACUCCAAGUGAUGAGCGUAAUGCGCUGUUGGUGAUAGUUGUUUUAAUUGCCACUGCAACUUAUCAAACCGGAAUUAGUCCCCCUGGUGGUUAUUGGGAUAAAGAUGGUACCACCAACUACGGUGGAACAUACUAUGCAGGACAGCCAAUCUGGUCUACAGUAGCACCAAUUACAUAUAACUUGGUCAUGCUAUUUAAUUUUGCUGGGUUUAUUCUGUCAUUGAUACUUGCUUACAACCUCACACUAGGAUUCCCUCUCAGGGGUCCCCUGCUACUAGCUCUGGUCUUUAUGUUGCUUACUUAUUCAUGGUCUACUCCAAUCUUUUAUAAUGAUUAUGGUAAUGGUCCUGCCGGUGAUGAUUAUCUCUUGGGGGUUGGUAAUUUGAUGUUGUGGCUUCCGGUUGCCAUAGCAAUAAUCAUCUGGGCCAUUACGGCAAAAUGGAUGGAGCAGAUCUGGUGGAAGCUUUCGCUACUUACUGGUCAUGUGAGGUAUUAA